UACCACAUUUCUGACACGUUCAGAGAUCUGUGAAACAAGAGUGUCAAACUGCAUGGUGGGAGGAUACACACACACACACACACACACACACACACACACACACACACACACUCUGUUCUAACAGGUUGAGAGUUUUCAGCAGACGGUGCUAUUUAACUUUCCACUGAACCGUUUAACAACAUGUUUCAUGUUUUUACCUUGUUCUGUUUAUCCUGCUGGAGCCUGACCGGUAUGUUUGGGGAAGAAAAAACUGAAAUACAGUCUGUGUCGGUGAUGGAGGGAGAUUCUGUGUUUCUAUACACUAAUGUUACUGAAAUGCAAAAAAAUGACAACUUAUUGUGGAUGUUUAGAGAUAAAGAUGUAGUUACAAUUAAUAUUAGGAAGCAAAUAUAUUUAAUAAAGAAUGAUUCUGAUGGGAGAUUCAGAAACAGACUGAAGCUGGACGAUCAAACCGGAUCUCUGACCAUCACAAACAUCACGACUCAACACGCUGGAGUUUAUAAACUAGAGAUAAGGUCGGCACAGCUGUCCAAAAAACUAUUCAGUGUUUCUGUCUAUGUUCAUCUGUCUGUUCCUGUCAUCAUCAGUAACUCUUCACAAUGUUCUUCAUCUUCAUCAUCAAAUUGUUCAUUGUUGUGUUCGGUGGUGAACGUGAGUCAUGUGACUCUCUCCUGGUACAAAGGAAACAGUUUAUUGUCCAGCAUCAGUGUGUCUGAUCUCAGCAUCAGUCUCUCUCUACCUCUGGAGGUGGAAUAUCAGGAUAAAAACAUCUACAGCUGUGUGAUCAACAACCCCAUCAGAAACCAGACCACACAUCUGGACAUCAGUCAGCUCUGUCACAUGUGUUCAGAAGCAGAGCCUAACUUUUAUUUACAACAAGACUCACUCCUUAAAGUUCUGAUUUCUGCUGCCGGAGGAACUAUGUUGACUGUUGCUGUAAUCGGGGGCCUCUGCACCUGCAGGAAGUGUAAAAAAAAUGCUAACAAAGUUCAGACUUGUAAUGAAGACGUAACUUAUGCUGAGGCAACCACCUACAAAAGAAAUGCACACAAAUCGAAAGUUGAAGAGGAGGAUCAUGUGACGUAUGCGCAUGUCGUGAAGAUAAAAUGAUCAAACUUCAUUCUUACUGUAACUCCAAAAUACAGCUGUGUGUUUGAUAAGAAUAUUGUGAAGUAUUGUCAUGCUGUGAAAAAGCCAUAAAUCCCAAACUUCAACCCUUGAGGCUGGAGCCACAGCCAUCAAGACUUUAACCAUUCAUCUUUGCAUAGUGUUAAAAUAUAGUGAUGCAUCGUGGUGUUCAACCUGAAACGGAUGCCAGGAUCAUUGUUGUCUUACAAGUCCUUUGUAUUUGGCCAAAAAUGUGCACAAAUGAAGAUAUAUUUUUCUCAAAAUUCUAAAUGUUCAGACAUAUAAAAAAGAGAACAUUCAAAUAUUUUCAUUUGUGCUUCAAUGUCAAACAAAAGCCUUAUGGGUUUGGAAUGAGAUGAGGGCGAGUGUGUUUUCAUUUUUGGGUUUGGGAAGCAACGAGACCGUGCUUCAUUCUGCAACAUGUCGUUCGAUCGGAGAAUGUGUCUGGUGGUUUGUACUUGAUGAUGUCUAUUUGUGAGUUUGUCUCUGAGGUGUCAGCUGUGUGCCUGUGUCAAGAGCUUGUGGUUUAAAGUGGCUCUUUUUGUUUUUCCAUUUCUGCCUAUAUAAAAUGUUCACAGGUUGACUUCAAAACAGCUUUACAAUGAGAUGCUAAUUCUGGCCUCCAAACAUCGUGU